AUUGACUCCUAGUAACUUGUCGGCAAUGCACAGAUUGUUCCUCGUGCAUGAACUACUUGUGAUAAUAUGUGAACAUCUGCAUGAUGAAGAUGAUAUCCCAAAUACUUCCAAAGAAGCUCUGGCGCGUCUUGCCAGAACCUGCAAGGCCUUUCAUGCCGUGGCAUUGAAUGCUCUCUGGUCAAAUCUCGACGGCGUUGCGCCUCUAAUCCAAUGCACACCUGCAGUCACUCGAUUGUAUUGGCGCCUGCCUCUAGGUACAGCAGUGGUUGGCAUUGAACGGGCACCUCGAAAAGCAGAAUGGGACAUCAUCCAAGGCUACGCUAGUCGUGUCCAGCGUCUGCGUGUCUUAAACUCCCUGCGUCCUGUAGAACAAUCCGUCAUCUUUACACUGUCCCGUCCACCCAUUAAUACCGUAUCCCCACUAUUCCCGAAUCUACGCUCGCUCGUAUGGAAUGACAGCAAACCCCAAACCAUGGUGCUCUUACAAAUUCUAUGUGGACCCCUUCUGACAUCCCUUACGUUUGAUUGCUCAAAUACUGGCACUUCUCGGUGGGAUGCGACUGCAUCUCCUAUAUUGGUCAAUGUGCCCCUCAUUUGCCCUGAUAUCAAAGUCAUCACCCUUCCCUCCAGUCCCCCCUGUUCACAAAUACUACCAAACAUACUUCUCGCAUACAGCCAUCUCGAGGAAGUCACAUGUGGUGAAAUUGAUCUAGUCGUCUUUCGUCAUCUUGCCAAACAAACUAACUUACGCAAACUUGCAUUUAUACUGUCACAAUCCAUUUCUCAAAGUCUGACAGAGCGUCCUUCAUCUCCGCACACUUUUUUGCGCCUCCGUGAACUAAUAGUUCAUACACUUGAGCUAUCUUCCUUGAUCAAGUUCAUGCAGAAACUAGAAAUACAUCCCACAUCUAUUCGCGGCCAAGUGGACGCUGGUCCAACUCCCUGCGACAUGAAAGCAUUUUUUACCUUUCUCACAGAGCAUUAUGUAGGCAUCAAGCCGCAGAAUGUCUCAUUGCAGAGUCUGCCUGCUAUACGAAUGCCCUCUGUGACUCAACCCCCGCUGCUGCCACCUACCGGUAAUCAUUUGAACGGAGGACCAUCCCACGCCGGCAUCUACGGCAGUGAUUUCAUGCCUCUCGCUCAGUUUGAAAGCAUUGAUACUUUGAUAAUCGACGUGAAUUGCAGUAAUCAUCUCACAGACGAAGAUCUGGUAUCCUUGGCAGCUGCGUGGCCUCAGCUCCGGACCUUCAGUAUCAACAAAAUGCACGGUUGGGUCGUUAAAUCCGACAUCACCCAAAUCGGCUUGCUCGAGAUGCUUCAAUGUUGCCCCAAACUCCAGACUCUUUGUAUUGCAAUCAAUACCGACACAUUCACAGAGGUGCCUUUGGAUCGCCCAGGGAGAGGAGUCCAGAAUAUGAAUAUUCGGGCACUUUCUUUUGCAGACUCGGUCAUCCAACCUCGUGCAACUACCGUAGUCGCUGCAUUCCUGUCCGAUAUUUUCCCUAGGCUCAAUGAGGUCACAGCUUGGAAGUCGGAUCAAAUGCGUGCCCGACGGGACGCAACAAGCACGGACCCUACGGUGUACGUCAUUCGUUGGGAAGGCGUUUCUCAGCAAAUCAAGGGAAUGAUUAGAAUUCGACAGCGGGAAAGGAGGUGGCGCUGGAGCGAAUAAACUGGGUGUUCUAGAAGAUGGUUGGCUAUUAUUCGAGGUGCUGUGCCAAGGCUCUGCUCGGUAUCAUGAUGUACGAGACUAGAAAAAUAAGAAAUAUGGUUUGUAGUCCAACUAAAACCCUUCGGUGAUUUAUUUUGUCUCCAGUCUUGAGGCUAAAUGAAUGUGAGAGUCCGUGC